AGGGAGGCGGCCUGUCGCCGAAGCGGAGCGCCUGCGCCGAGCGGGGCGGUAGCGGAGCAGAGCCGGAGCGUGGUCCGAGCCGAGCGGAGCGCAACGCCAGCGCGCGGCGGAGACGCUGACCCCGCCCGGCCCCGCGCCGCCGCGGCAGGCCCGGCAUGGAGGAGGAGUGCCGGGUGCUCUCCAUUCAGAGCCACGUCGUCCGCGGCUACGUGGGCAACCGGGCGGCCACGUUCCCGCUGCAGGUUUUGGGGUUUGAGGUCGACGCAGUGAACUCUGUCCAGUUUUCAAACCACACAGGCUACUCACACUGGAAGGGCCAAGUGCUGAACUCAGAUGAGCUCCACGAGCUGUACGACGGGCUGAAGCUGAACGACGUGAACAAGUAUGACUACGUGCUCACGGGUUACACGCGAGACAAGUCCUUCCUGGCCAUGGUGGUGGACAUCGUGCGGGAGCUGAAGCAGCAGAACUCCAGGCUCGUGUACGUGUGCGACCCCGUGAUGGGAGACAAGUGGAACGGAGAAGGCUCCAUGUACGUCCCUGAGGACCUCCUUCCAGUUUACAGAGAGAAGGUCGUGCCGGUUGCAGACAUCAUCACCCCCAACCAGUUUGAGGCUGAGUUGCUGAGCGGGAGAAAGAUCCACAGUGAGGAAGAAGCCUUAGCGGUGAUGGACAUGCUGCACGCGAUGGGCCCCGACACGGUGGUCAUCACCAGCUCGGACCUGCCGUCCGCGAGGGGCAGCGGCUACUUGAUCGCGCUGGGCAGCCAGAGGACUCGUGUCUGUGACCGUGCUGGCGGCACACAGAUGACAUCCCCUCUUACGGGCUUGGGGGUCACGUGGACCAGCCCAGCUGGAGCCCGGCUCCUGGGGAACCAGGUGUCCCCAGGCCUGCCUCCCCCCAGCCCCCCCACCUCAGAGCUGAUGCCGACAUCGCUGGGAGGACCGUUCACGCCCUGCUGUGUCAGUCGUUCAAUUAUGCUGAUGCCGCAGCGUAAAAUGACACAGAAGGCUGGGGUCACACCAGCUGCCCCGAGCCGUGCCAGGUGUAGCUGUCACCACCCCCUCUGUGUCUGUGCAAAAGGACACUUACACACCCAGAUACACUCACAGAUGCACGUGCAUCCACACACACUCACGCCCACGCACGCACCCCGACCUCAGUGAGUGAGCACAGUCCCUCCAGCUCUACGCCCACCCCCAUGGCUCCCAUCACACAUCAUCGCAUGUUCCGGCCCCUCGUCUGCAGCCUGCAUGGUGUCCCCCAGGCCGCCCUGACCCUGUGGCCCUCCGGGGCUCCAGUCUCUCACUUUCUCACUUGGGACGGGCAGCCACUGGGAGGCAUGGGGGAUCCCUGCAGGCUGAGCCCCCUGACGCUGUGCAGGGGAGGGCAAGCCGGUUCCCGGGCCGCGAGGCCUCUGCUAGCUGAGGGUCUGGGGGCCCAGCUGCCGGACGCUUCC